UACUGUCCCAGUCUUCAGCUCCAGAGCGACGGGCUGACUGCAACUAGCGGCAGGCAGGCUCGUCUUGCCUUUUGUUAGCUAUAGCUUGGAAAAAACCAAGGAAAAGACAGAGCCGCAUCCAUGCAGUAGCACACUUUUAUUGGAAAAUGAUCAUCUGUACGAGUAAAAUGGAGUACCCCCUGAGAACCCAGUGUCAGCGCGUGCACAAACAGGUGAUGGUGAACGGAGAGAAGGAGCGCGUGUCGCUGCUGUUCAUGAAGGCUCUGGUCAGCAGGGGCAGCGUGGACGCCGUGUCGCAGCAGAUGGCCUCUCACCCGCAGUACUUGGAGAGCUUCCUGCGCACACAGCACUACAUCCUGCACAUGGACGGGCCCCUGCCGCUGCCGUACCGCCAUUACAUCGCCAUCAUGGCUGCAGCACGACAUCACUGCAACUACCUGGUGUACCUGCACUCAGCCCAGUUCCUGAGGGUGGGCGGGGACCCUGUGUGGCUGCAGGGUUUGGAGGCAGCCCCCCCUCGCCUUCGUCUGCUUGACCACAUCAACAAAGUGCUGGCCCACCAACCCUGGCUCACUGCCUGCUCACACAUCCAGGCGCUGCUGAAGGCGGGCGAGCAGUGCUGGUCUCUGGCGGAGCUGGUGCAGGCCGUGGUGAUCCUCGCUCACUGCCACUCCCUCUGCAGCUUUGUGUUUGGAUGUGACACAGACUCAGACCCUGCCUCUCUCUCCAAGUCUCCUAACGGCACCCCGCCCACCUUCUGCCCCAUCGAUGCUGCCAACGGCAACGCCAACGUGCCUCAGACGCUCGCCACUCCCUCCGAACACAUAACUCGAAGACGGUCUCUGGACUCCAGCUGUGACAUGGUGUGUCUGAAGGAGAAGAUUCAGAAGUCUCAGGAGGAGCGAGAGAAGAGAGAAGAGCGGCUGCUGCAGACACAAGCACUCCAGCAAACAGAUAUGGAAGAAGAGGAGGAGAUGAUAUGCUUUGCAGACCCCACACGUUUCAUCACAGACCCCGACUUAUGCUACCAGGAGUUUGCUCGCAGAGAGGAGGACCACUUUCAAGUAUUUAGAGUUCAGGACUAUUCAUGGGAGGACCACGGCUUCUCCUUAGUCAACAGGUUGUACUCGGACAUCGGCCAUCUCUUGGACGACAGAUUCAGGAGCGUGACGACCCUCCCCUCGAUGCACAGCCCCGACCUGAAGAGGGCCAUCUGGAACUACAUCCACUGCGUGUUAGGAAUACGGUACGAUGAUUAUGAUUAUGGAGAAGUGAACCAGUUGCUGGAGCGCGAUCUGAAGCUCUACAUCAAGGCUGUGGCCUGCUUUCCAGACGCCACCAAAACUCCAGUGUGUCCGCUCAGUCUGGCUCCGCUCAAACCUUCAGAGCGGGUAAGAGCCCCUUUAACACAGCUUUACCGACUAUCUUUGCUACAUUUGAAGCCUCCAUAGAGGUGUUUUAUUUAA